GUCCCCUACCCCGAGUGAAGCCACUUCCGGCCUUCUCCAGCGCCUUCCGCAGUUCCCUUCCGGGUGAUGGCGGCCGCUGCCCCGGACGUAGCCGUGGGGAAAGCAGCUCUUUUUCCUUCCCCACCGGCCUCCCGUUGAUCUUUAGCUUGGCGAAGGCCCCUCUGUGCAGGCAUGCCAAAGAGGAAAGUGACCUUCCAAGGCGUAGGAGAUGAGGAUGAUGAGGAUGAAAUCAGUGUCCCCAAGAAGAAGCUGGUGGAUCCUGUGGCUGGGGCAGGGGGUCCUGGGAGCCGCUUCAAAGGCAAACACUCUUUGGACAGCGAUGAGGAGGAUGAUGAUGAUGAGGGGUCCAGCAAAUACGACAUCCUGGCCUCAGAGGAUGUGGAAGGUCAGGAAGCAGCCACACUCCCCAGUGAGGGAGGUGUGCGGAUCACACCUUUCAACCUGCAGGAAGAGAUGGAGGAAGGCCACUUUGAUGCUGAUGGCAAUUACUUUCUGAACCGGGAUGCUCAGAUCCGAGAUAGCUGGCUGGACAACAUUGACUGGGUGAAGAUCAAGGAGCGGCCACCUGAUCAGCGCCCACCUUCAGACUCAGAGGAAGAAGACAGCCUGGGCCAGACACCAAUGAGUGCCCAAGCCCUCCUGGAGGGCCUUCUGGAGCUGCUGUUACCCAGAGAGACAGUGGCUGGGGCACUGAGGCGUCUGGGGGCCCGAGGAGGAGGAGGAGGUGGCAAAGGGGGCAGCAAGGGGGCUGGGCGGCCUAGUUCCCCUCAGCGCUUGGAUCGGCUCUCUGGGUUGGCUGACCAGAUGGUGGCCCGGGGCAACCUCGGUGUAUAUCAGGAGACAAGGGAACGGUUAGCCAUGCGGCUGAAGGGGUUGGGGUCCCGGACUCAGGGACCCCCUGACCCCACACCCCCACCCUCUCUGGACAUGUUUGCUGAGGAAGUGGCAGAGGGGGAGCUGGAGACCCCAACCCACACACAGAGGGGAGAAGCAGAAUUGAAAGGAGAUGAUGGUCUGGUGGACGUGAUGUGGGAAUAUAAGUGGGAGAACACAGGGGAUGCUGAGCUGUAUGGGCCCUUCACCAGCACCCAGAUGCAGACCUGGGUGAACGAAGGCUACUUCGCAGAUGGUGUUUAUUGCCGGAAGCUGGACCCUCCCGGUGGACAGUUCUACAACUCCAAACGCAUUGACUUUGACCUCUACACCUGAGUCUGCUGAGGGCCCAGUUUGGUGGUCCCUUCUUUCCUUGACUCUGGAGGAGGCCCCAGCUGUCUCAGGCAGUGAGGAUUUUGGGGGCCACCUUUUAGUCCAUUUUCCUUUCCCAAUAAAAGCCUUUAGUUGUA